GUUUAGUUGGUUGAAAAAGCAAAUGAGAAGCUUUGGAAAUUUGGGGCAAUGGCCUCUACUUGCAUUUGCUUUGGCAAUUUGCUUUGUAGCCAGCACUGUUGUUGCUGACUACUCUUAUGACUAUACUUCUCAUUCACCUUCUUACAAUUCUAAGAAAGACUACAAAUCACCUUCUCCAUACUACAAGAAACCGGAAAAACAUGUUGAACAUUCUCCAUCGCAUUACUAUUACAAGUCGCAUGCUCCUUCAAAACACUACUAUAAGGCACCUGUUAUUGCGAAGUAUUACCAGUCACAUGCUCCUUCAAAGCACUACUACAAGGCACCUAUUGUUACGAAGUAUUACAAGUCACACGCUCCUUCAAAGCACUACUACAAGGCACCUGUUGUUACGAAGUAUUACAAGUCACCUGCUCCUUCGAAACACUACUACAAGGCUCCAGUGGUAGUGAAGUAUUACAAGUCACCAGCUCCUUCAAAGAAUUACUACAAGGCACCUGUCCCUUCAAAGGAGUACUACAAGUCGCCAGCUCCUUCAAAGUACUACUACAAGUCGCCAUCACCUGCAAAGUACUACAAGUCGCCUGCUCCAUCAAAGCACUAUUACUACAAGUCCCCAUCCCCUUCAAAAUAUUACAACUCACCCGCUCCUUCCAAAUACUAUAAAUCACCUGCACCACAAAAAUAUUACAAGUCACCAGUUUACUACAAGUCUCCUCCCCCACCACCAACUUAUUAUGAGAAAUCACCUUCUUACUACAAGUCCCCUCCCCCUCCACCAUACUACAAAGAAUCUACCCCUUACUACAAGUCCCCUCCUCCUCCCCCAUACUACAAAGAAUCUACUCCUUACUACAAGUCCCCUCCACCUCCCCCAUACUACAAAGAAUCUACUCCUUACUACAAGUCCCCUCCACCUCCCCCAUACUACAAAGAAUCUACUCCUUACUACAAGUCCCCUCCACCUCCCCCAUACUACAAAGAAUCUACCCCUUCUUAUAAAUCUCCUCCCCCUCCACCAUACUAUGAAGAAUCUACGCCUUCUUAUAAAUCCCCUCCACCUCCACCAUAUUACAAAGAAUCUACACCUUCCUAUAAAUCUCCUCCACCCCCACCAAAGUACUAUGAGCAAUCUCCUACAACCUAUAACUCACCACCUCCACCACCACCAGCCUAUUACAAGCAAACUCCCACCUAUGCCUCACCUCCACCACCUCAGAAGUACGAGCAAUCUGUCACCUAUGCUUCACCUCCACCCCCGCCAGCUUCUCCCCCACCGACGUACUACUAAACAUUCAAUAACUCUAUCAUUUCCAUGACUUCUACAUCCUAUUUUGAUUUCAUUCCCUCUUCCAAAAUUUAAUGUAUGCUUGUCAAAAUGAUCAGCUUUGCUUACUGUAUGUUCAAUAUUGUUUUGUUCUAAUGAUUUGUAUUUUGUUUUAUGUCUUCAUUAGUUUUUCUCAUUGUAUCAAGAUCAAUAGUUUGUUACCUAUCUUCUCUUCUUUGUGUAAUAUUCUGUGGUUUUAAUCG